GUUGCGAUAAUGAUGACGCGUGUGUGUACAGAUUAAAGCGGGACUCUUGAUCAGUCUUCAUUUCGAUCGACGUUGGACGUACUCGUAUUGUCUCGACGAUGUACUCGAAAUUAUUUUGCAUAGUUCUACUAUGCGUGUCGUCCAGUUUGACAUCGAAUGAACCAAAAAUCUAUGAAAAAAGGAUUUUAGUACAAAAUAAAGAAGCUCUGCGCGAACAUCCCGAACUAUAUCGCACUGCUGGAAGCGUGCAACAAAGAGUGUGCAACCAAACGUUGAAGCUUUCUCCGGAGGUAGGCGCAAUUGACGAAGAGCUGUAUUCCCAUUCAUCCCGAAAAUGCACCUACACGAUCGAAGCACCGUCGGAAGGUCAGCGUAUUGUCGUUCUUCACGUUGUCAACCAUAUCGCCUCUACUGAAGAUUUUUCAAACGUUCCCGAAAGCUCUCUUUACGAUCCCAACCUUCGUUACGACAUUUAUGACGGCACUGAGAAGACCGAGUCAAAUCGUCUGUACAAACUCGGUGAUCAAUACUUGGACAACGUUGUAAGUAGAGGACGAUAUUUGACGAUCGACUUGAACUUUGAAAAAUCUGGCAAAUAUAUUGGACAAAGUAUCGGUACGAGAUUUGGAUCGCUGUAGAUGAUUCUGGAGUUGUUUAUUUUCCUAAACUGUUAUAAUUCAUGAUAAAGCUAAAUAAACAGUUUAACCAAACGAA